AUGGAGGAAGCAGAGUCGCAAUCGAUCGUAGCCGACAGCAGGCCAGAUCUCCUCGCUGCGAAGCGCCCGGCCUCUGAAGAAUUGCAUAUCACAUAUGCCAAAAAAAUCAAAAUCCUCGAUGAUGCAUCGGUGGAGUCUGCUGAUCAAACUCCUGCUGCUCGGAGGAUUCCCAUCUACGAGAAGCCUGCAGUGCUAGAAGAACGAAGCGGCGAGAUCGAGUACCGAGUUGUCAACAACGAUGGCUCCAUCGAAAGUAUGAUUAUACUCACAGGCCUCAAAUGCCUCUUUCAGAAGCAACUACCCAAAAUGCCAAAAGACUAUAUCGCACGUCUCGUCUACGAUCGCAGUCAUUUAUCUAUGGCCAUUGUCAAGAUGCCUUUGCAGGUAAUUGGCGGAAUCACAUACCGGGAGUUUCGACAGCGCCAGUUUGCCGAAAUUGUUUUUUGCGCAGUUUCGGCUGACCAGCAAGUGAAAGGUUAUGGAGCGCAUAUUAUGGCCCAUCUGAAGGAUUAUGUCAGAGCUACCUCCCCAGUGAUGCAUUUUCUAACUUACGCCGAUAAUUAUGCCACCGGGUACUUUCAAAAGCAAGGUUUCACCAAAGAUAUCACUUUGGAAAAAUCUAUCUGGAUGGGGUACAUCAAAGAUUACGAAGGGGGAACACUUAUGCAAUGCUCCAUGGUUCCUCGAAUACGUUAUCUCGAAGUGGGUCGUAUGCUUCUCAAGCAGAAGGAAUCUGUUCUAGCCAAAAUACGUACCUUCAGCAAGAAUCAUGUUAUUCACCCACCACCUCAGCAAUGGGCUAGCGGUGUCAUCACUCCAAUCGAUCCACUCUCUAUUCCUGCCAUUCGAGCAACUGGCUGGUCUCCAGAUAUGGACGAGUUAUCACGGGAACCUCGCCGUGGGCCUCAUUACAAUGAACUCCGGCGUUUUUUAAAUCACAUCCAAAAUCACAAACAUGCAUGGCCCUUCGUCAGUCCGGUCAACAAAGACGAAGUCCCUGAUUAUUACGCUGUCAUUACAUCACCAAUGGACCUUUCGACGAUAGAGGAACGAUUGAAUGCCGAUUUUUACUCUGGGCCGAAUGACCUAGUCCCCGAUCUCCAAUUGAUUUUUAGCAAUUGUCGGCAGUACAAUGACGCAACAACGGUUUAUACAAAGUGUGCGGUUCAACUGGAGAAGUAUAUGCGGAAACUCAUCCGGGAGAUUCCGGAGUGGUACGAUCUACAUGAACAAUGA